AUGGCGCACAUCUAUGAAGUUGGCACACGGGCCUGGCAGCCCGACCCGACAGAAGGAUGGUUGGCUUCCGAAGUGAAGGAGAAGCUGGUGGAUGGUGAGAAAGUCCAGCUGGUGUUUGAGGUGGAAAAUGGCGAGACAAAAAGCGUUGAGACCACGCAGUCUGAACUGCAGAUCGACAACAACCCCAAACUACCACCGCUCAUGAACCCGGCUAUGCUUGAAGCAAGUGAAGACUUAACGAACUUGUCUCAUUUGAACGAACCUGCUGUCCUCCAGGCUAUAAAGCUUCGAUAUGCCCAGAAAGAGAUAUAUACCUACAGUGGUAUCGUCCUAAUCGCGACCAACCCCUUCGCCCGAGUCGACUCGCUCUACGUACCGCAGAUGGUGCAGAUUUAUGCCGGCAAACACCGAGCCUCACAGGCACCUCACCUAUUCGCAAUUGCGGAGGAAGCUUUCGCUGACAUGCUUCGCGAUGGAAAGAACCAAACGAUUGUGGUCUCUGGUGAAUCCGGAGCUGGUAAAACCGUGAGCGCCAAGUAUAUCAUGCGUUAUUUUGCGACUCGCGAGUCAUCCGACCAGCCUGGAAAAUACACCACAAGUCGAGCAGAUGCGAUCAGUGAAACAGAAGAGCAGAUCCUGGCAACCAACCCGGUGAUGGAAGCGUUCGGUAACGCUAAAACGACUCGUAACGACAACUCGUCCCGUUUCGGCAAAUACAUUGAGAUCAUGUUUGAUGACCGGACGAAUAUUAUCGGGGCGAAGAUCCGGACUUAUCUUCUGGAACGGUCGAGGUUGGUGUUCCAGCCCUUGAAGGAGCGGAACUACCACAUCUUUUAUCAGCUCGUGGCCGGUGCCACGGAUACAGAGAAACAGGAGCUGGGUCUCUUGCCUGUUGAAGACUUUGAAUAUCUCAACCAGGGCGGCACACCUGUGAUUGAUGGUGUCGACGAUAAGGCCGAAUUUGAAGCAACACGAAAGUCUUUGGCUGUGAUUGGUGUGGCCCAUGAAGAUCAGACUGGCAUCUUCCGUGUGCUCGCGGCUUUACUGCACCUUGGCAAUGUCCAGAUCACAGCCACUCGCACGGAAUCUUCAGUUUCGUCGACCGAGCCUGCUCUUAUCCGUGCUUGUGAGAUGCUCGGAAUCGAUGCUACCGAAUUUGCGAAGUGGAUCGUGAAAAAGCAACUGAUCACCCGUGGUGAGAAGAUUACUUCCAAUUUGACACAACAACAGGCCUUGGUCGUGCGAGACUCCGUCGCCAAAUUCAUCUAUUCAAGUCUGUUUGACUGGCUAGUGGACAAAAUUAACCGCCGCUUGGCCACCGAUGAAAUCUUUGAGAAAUUCAAGUGCUUUAUUGGUGUUCUGGAUAUCUAUGGGUUUGAGCAUUUUGCUAAGAACUCCUUUGAACAAUUCUGUAUCAACUAUGCCAACGAGAAAUUGCAGCAGGAGUUCAACCAGCAUGUGUUCAAGCUUGAGCAGGAGGAAUAUGUGCGGGAAGAAAUUGAUUGGACGUUCAUUGACUUUUCGGAUAAUCAGCCUUGUAUCGAUUUGAUUGAAGCCAAGCUCGGUGUUCUGGCCCUUUUGGAUGAAGAGUCUCGACUUCCUAUGGGUUCUGAUGAGCAGUUUGUCACCAAGCUUCACCACCACUUCGCUGCCGACAAACAGAAGUUCUACAAGAAACCUCGCUUCGGCAAGUCUGCAUUCACUGUCUGCCACUAUGCUGUUGAUGUCACCUAUGAGUCUGAUGGUUUUAUUGAGAAGAAUCGUGACACUGUACCAGAUGAGCAUUUGGAAGUGCUGCGCAACUCCUCCAAUCCUUUUAUCAAGGAAAUUCUCGACACUGCCGCUGCUGUUCGGGAGAAGGAUUCUGCUUCCAUGUCAUCUAAACCGGUUGCGGCAGCUCCUGGACGUCGUAUUGGUGUUGCGGUGAACCGUAAACCCACACUCGGAGGAAUCUUCAAGUCCUCAUUGAUUGAAUUGAUGCAUACCAUCAACAACACGGAGGUUCAUUACAUCCGUUGUAUCAAACCCAACGAAGCAAAGGAAGCAUGGAAAUUCGAGGGACCCAUGGUCCUAAGUCAAUUGAGGGCAUGCGGUGUGUUGGAAACUGUCCGCAUCAGCACCGCUGGCUACCCGACUCGAUGGACCUAUGAAGAAUUUGCCGUUCGGUAUUAUAUGCUGUGUCACUCCUCUCAGUGGACCUCCGAAAUUCGGGACAUGUGCCACGCUAUCCUUAGCAAGGCCCUUGGAGAUGCCAGCCAGGACAAGAAGGUCAAAUAUCAGCUCGGUUUGACCAAGAUCUUUUUCCGGGCUGGCAUGCUUGCCUUCCUUGAGAAUCUCCGAACGUCCAGGUUGAAUGAGUGUGCCAUCAUGAUCCAGAAGAACUUGCGUGCUAAGUAUUACCGCCGUCGCUACCUCGAUGCUCGUGAAUCCAUUCUCACCACUCAGGCCUUUAUUCGCGGUUUCCUGGCACGCCAACAGGCGCAGGAGAUUCGUCGGACCAAGGCUGCUACUACCAUCCAGCGGGUCUGGCGUGGUCAGAAGGAGAAGAGGCGAUACACCCAGAUCCGCAAGAACUUCAUUCUGUUUGAAUCUGUUGCUAAGGGUUUCCUGUGCCGACGCAACAUUAUGGACUCUAUCAAUGGAAAUGCGGCCAAAGUCAUCCAACGUGCCUUCCGCUCAUGGCGUCAAUUAAGGUCCUGGAGACAGUAUCGCCGCCAGGUUAUCACCAUUCAAAACCUUUGGAGGGGUAGAGAGGCAAGAACCGCUUACAAGAGACUCCGUGAGGAUGCACGCGAUCUCAAGCAAAUUUCUUACAAACUGGAGAACAAGGUCGUUGAGUUGACUCAGUAUCUACAAUCUCUUAAGCUGGAGAACAAAACCUUGGUUUCACAGUUGGAAAACUACGACGGCCAAUUGAAGUCUUGGCGAAACCGACACAAAGACUUGGAAGCCCGCGCUAAGGAACUCCAGGUGCAAGCAAACCAGGCCGGUAUUACCGAAGCCCGGUUGGAGGCGAUUGUAGAGGAGAUGAGCAAACUGAAACUAAACCAUGAAGAGGCCCAAGCUACCAUCAAGCGCCUUCAAGAAGAGGAGGCCAAGUCCCGGGAGGCUUUGCAGACCGCCAACGAGGAGUUGGCGCGUCUCAGGCUUGUGGAUGCUACCCACGAGGAGGCCGAGACUAGUCUCCGGGGGCGGAUUUCCGACCUCGAGCAACAGCUCGAGACUGCCAGUAAAUCUGCGCCACUUAAUGGUGUCACUGAUGACCUACCCAAUGGUGGCGCUGUUCAAACCCCUACACCGGGCUUGAUUAACCUGGUGUCUUCCAAGAAGCCCAAGCCAAAGAGACGCAGCGCCGGUGCUGAGAAGAUCGAGACUGAUCGCUUUAGCGGCGCAUACAACCCUCGUCCUGUGUCCAUGGCAAUCACUCCUGGUUCCAUGGCUGCUCGUCAGAAUGCGGCGAUCUCUCCUGGCCUAGAGUCAGUGGAGGUCGAACUUGAAAACUUGCUCUCUGAGGAAGAGGAUUUGAACGAGGAGGUCGCUAUGGGUCUUAUUCGCAACUUGAAGAUUCCCCUCCCAAGCUCAACCCCUCCGCCAACUGAGAAGGAAGUGUUGUUCCCGGCAUAUUUGAUCAACCUUGUCACGUCAGAGAUGUGGAACAAUGGCUUUGUCAAGGAGUCAGAGCGUUUCCUGGCCAAUGUUAUGCAAUCUAUUCAGCAAGAAGUCAUGCAGCAUGAUGGAGAUGAUGCGAUCAACCCGGGUGCUUUCUGGCUGUCUAACGUGCAUGAAAUGCUAUCCUUUGUCUUCCUGGCCGAGGAUUGGUACGAAGCACAGAAAACGGAGAAUUACGAGUAUGACCGUCUGCUGGAGAUUGUGAAGCAUGACCUUGAGAGCUUGGAGUUCAACAUCUAUCAUACCUGGAUGAAAGUAUUGAAGAAGAAGUUGUAUAAGAUGAUUGUGCCAGCCAUCAUUGAGUCCCAAUCCCUCCCAGGAUUUGUCACCAGUGAGACGAAUCGUUUCCUCGGCAAACUUCUGCCUUCCAACAACAACCCCGCGUACAGCAUGGACAACCUUCUCAGCCUUCUGAAUGGUGUGUACAAGGCUAUGAAGGCCUUCUACCUCGAGGAUGCCAUUGUCACUCAGACCGUCACGGAGCUUCUGCGCCUCGUCGGUGUCACUGCUUUCAACGACCUCCUCAUGCGCCGUAAUUUCCUCUCCUGGAAGCGCGGUCUGCAGAUCAACUACAACAUCACCCGAAUUGAGGAGUGGUGCAAGAGUCACGAUAUGCCGGAAGGGACAUUGAAGCUGGAGCAUUUGAUGCAAGCAACCAAGCUUCUGCAGUUGAAGAAAGCAACCUUGAAUGACAUUGAGAUCAUUCAAGACAUUUGUUGGAUGCUAUCUCCCAACCAGAUACAAAAGCUCUUGAACCAGUACCUGGUUGCGGAUUAUGAACAGCCCAUCAAUGGCGAGAUUAUGAAGGCCGUUGCCUCUCGUGUAACAGAGAAGAGCGACGUCCUCUUGUUGGCCCCGGUAGACAUGGAAGACAGUGGGCCGUAUGAGAUCGCCGAGCCACGUGUCAUCACAGCUCUGGAGACUUACACCCCAUCUUGGCUUCAAACACCACGGUUGAAACGACUAGCCGAGAUUGUGUCCGCGCAAGCGAUGGCACAACAAGAGAAACUUGAAUUGGACAACGGAGCGUUUGAUGAAUAG